AUGGCCGAACAUACCCAUUCGCGGGGUGGUCCCACUCCCCAGGACUAUUAUGAUGGAUUUACCCGUGAUCGAAGUUCGCUCAAGGACCGGUUUAAGAACAUCGACGAGCAAGUCCAUUUUGACAAUUCCGUCCAGCAGCUCAGUGACCCACAUACGAAGAAUUUUGUACUGGACUUUGGAAACGACGAUGCAUUCUGCGCAAUGAAUUUGGAAACAGAGGAUUUGAAAUUAUUGUUGAAAAAGCCGCGAGCGAAAUGCUUUGGCACGAGGUGGAUUAACAUCUGGGCCCCUGAAAAGCAGAAAGAAACCGUCAAGGCAAUAACAACACAAUACGGCGUCUCAGAACGACUACAAGGCCUAAUGUGCACUGAGCCAGUCCUCCCCCGCCCUCAAGCCAAAGAACGGCAAUCUCGUUCUCGCGAUCUUGACCAGUCCCAAGCGUUCUCGCGUGAUGAUCUUGAAACUGCAAUGCGUGCCAAGGAGGAUCUAGAAAGCGUUGAGAUGGCGAGUGCCCGCUCCGCGGCCAAUCCUGGGAAACUUACUUUUGCUCAGAUCACGGAUCAGAUCUGGCAUUUCUCGUCGACGGAUUAUGGGCCUCGAUAUACGUGCAUUGGCUAUAAUACUCUAUUUGCAACGUCCGAUACUAGUAUUCCUCGAGAGGAAAUGAAUAAUGGUCAAGACCUUCCAGAGGGUCGACGGCUCUGGACCUGGCUGGUUCUGUGUGAUGAUGGAACCGUGAUCUCAAUGCAGGAGAAUCUAUUCCCCCGACAGGAUGCAGAGUUCCAACACAACCAAUUAAAGAUACUCAGGAUUGCACGCAGAAAUAUCAAAUCCAUCUUCGAGGGUGUUUCCCGGCUUCACCAGAGCAAGACCGAGAACGACUCGCUGGUCACCAUCCGAGUACGCCAUUUCAACGAUGUGGGUCCGGACCAGGCGAAUAUCAAACAAGAUGAUGGACCGAGUCUCCUCUUCUAUUAUCUCUUUGACGACUGGAUGUCAAGCUUCGGUUUAGUCGCAAAGCGAGAGCACAAAUACAGCAUGCUCUUGGAAGAAUUGCGGGGCUCAAUGCUCGAUAAGCCAGUAGUGGAUUUGGUGAACGAGUUGCACUGGUUAGGUCGCCGGCUCGGCGUGUUGAAGCGACUGUACCAGAGCUACGAGCUCAUCAUGCAGCGCGUGCUGCAGCGGCAGCGACUCCUGCGCGACGAAGCCCGGGGCACCCAACAACGACCAAUACCCUUUGGAGCCACUUUUGAGGAAGUCGAGUUUGCGGAAAGGCGACAGGAGAGUCUGAUGAGCAGUUCUAGCCUUCCAUUCACAAAUGACAAGCCCGUCGGGGUACUGUUGAGUUCGGCCGCGGUGGCUCGGUUCGAGCGGUUGGCGGAUCGCAUCAAUUUGUACUGCUUGAGUGAGAUCGAGACGUGCCUCGGCGAGAAGGAGUCAUUGACAUUCUUGGACUCCCAAGCCGUUGAAAAGUUGACACGAAUCACGAUCUUGUUGGCCAAGGCUACCAUUAUGUUCCUUCCGGUCAGUUUGAUGACUGCCUAUUUCUCGACGGAAUUGAAGGGUGUCAAGGGGGGGAUUCACGCAGGCGCAGUACUGGGUGGCCUUUGCGGUGAUUCUAUUUGUGUCGGUGCUUGUGUUGACAGUGUUUGGGAAGGCGAGCGAUACGGUGGAAGGGAAGACGAUCUAUCAGUCAUUGGUUAA